UUUAAUCAAAAUCUAUUUCACGCGGGUGCCAUAAUACCCAAUCAAGAAGCACCGGUGCAAAUUGGGAAAUUGGUCGGAGAAGUUCGUGAAAAAAAAUGGCAGCAACAGCUUCAUCUUGCAUUUUCUGCCAGCGAGCUUCUAAUUCUACCGCCAAUAACCUUCUUCAUUUUGAUGAGAGAGUUGUUGCGUUCGAAGAUGUAAACCCUUCUGCCGUCAGGCAUUACUUGGUAAUUCCCAAGGAGCACAUUCCCACAGUUAGGAAUCUCCAGAGAAGAGCUGAAGAUUACUCACUCGUAAGUCACAUGUUAGAGGUGGGGCAGACACUUCUAUCCCAAGAUUCCCCUCAAUUAAAGCACAGAUUUGGCUUCCAUCAGCCCCCAAUGAACAGUGUCAAUCACCUACACCUCCAUUGUUUUGCACUUCCUUACACACCCAGGUGGAAGUUCGCAAAAUACAUAUCAUUGGGAUCGAUCGGAUUCAUCGAAGCUGAGAAGUUGUUGGAGAAAAUAAAGCCUUAACUCACACACCAGAUCACUUCAGCAGCAGUCAGUAUGUGUUCUUUAUUAUUGUUCAAUGCUAUGAACAGCAGAAAUGUUUGAUAUCUCUAACCAAAGUUGAGGCAUCCAUCUGAUAUGAGUCUAUUUCUUCAUUGAAUCAAAGUUUUUGUGUCAAUUUCUACAGGAAUUGCUGUUUUUAGUAUAGAAAGGCUUUGUUUUUGGUUCAUUAUUUUAAUGGAAUGUGAAGUAAAAGAUGAACGUUUUAA